UGGAUGACACCCCUCGAAAGUAUAGGAUGCAUUCGUUCGGUAGCUCGUCAGCAUCGCCUCAACUUGGAAUAUUUCCGACCCCGUCAACCAGCAGCACCCAUGAUCGACGUUGGAGUGGAAUACACCAGGAUCGUCAAGAAAUGUUCCUCGACCUCAGGGAUCGCUGUCGAGGGCUCGAAAGGGAAUUGACUGAAGCUCGUCUAGUGGAAGAAUCAAAUCGAUGCAAACGGGACGCAGAAUUGUUGAUUCAUCACGCUGAGAUUGCGCGUCUAAGGGCUCAGUGCGAGGCGUUGGAGGUCGAAAAGGCAGAAUGGAUGAAGCAGAGGAUAAAAUGGCCUGAAGAAAUAUCGCGUCCAUCUACGGAGGAGAACGAAGACGAAGAGGAGCCACGAGAUCCCCCGACAAGCGAGGAGGUUUCUGAACGGGCCAACACGUCGACGAUGAUCGAAACGCAUCGCGAGGAGAUCAUUGGCCUGGUAUUGGAACACGAGAAACAGAUCAACACGUUGAGAAGGGAGCAUGAUGCACAUCUGGAAAGCGUGCGGACGACUCACGAACAGGCUCUUGGGCAACUAAGAAAGGAGAAGGAGGAGUUGAGGACCAAAUUGUCUAUAGUGGAGGGACAGGUGCCUCCGCUACGAGCAGCUGUCCGACGAUAUAAGGAGGGAUUGAAAGAUAUGGGUAGAAUUCUCAAUCUCGACUUGUUCCCGAACAGGGCUAGAGAGAGGAGUCGGCGUCGACAAAGUGAGCCUGAGAGAUCAACUCAACAACCGCCUACUCCCGUAUCGCCGGCGAGGAGUCUCAGCUCGGCCCAGGUGACGACGACAAGUGCGGAAACAGAGCUCGAGGGUGUUGUGAACGAGAGUCCAGCCGAUCCGAAUCAGCGUGUCGUCUUGGAUCAGCCUGUCGUCCUCGAUCAGCCUGUGGCUGUCGCCUUGGAUCAGCCUGUCGUCUUGGAUCAGCCUGUGGCCGUGACUCAAUCGGUAGUUGAGGAUCAGCACGUUGUCGCGGAUCAGCGUAUCGACAUCGAGCAGCCCGCCAUCUCAAAGCCACCUCCCGUGCAGGAGGAGGUCGAGGGGCAAGAAGAAGAAGAAGAAGAGGAGGAUGAGGAGGUCGAGCUUGUGGAGCAUAUCGAGCGAAUCGAGCACGCCGAUAACGUCGAGGCGGACGUGGAGGAUCCAACACCCGAGGAGAUGGCACCCGACAUGCCGAUAGAAUUCGAUCACUCAGACGAGAUGGAGUUACCGAUUGCCACUGUCGCCCCACGUAUCGACAUCGAGAGCGAGAGCGCACAUUUGACGACUAGUCUCACUAGUGACAAUCUCUUAAGAGUUCCCGAGCUUAACCCAAGGACUCGCAGAGCCUCGUCCAUCCUGCGAGAAUCCCUCUUCCCACCAGGCGAGGAAAACGUCAGGCCACCAGACGAUGGGUCUGUCCUGGAACCGGAUUCACCUUGGGUUCAAGCUUCCGAGCCAGAUCCACUGGACGUUAUUGGUGGUGGGGAGGACGACGUGUUGAAUUUACCCGAGCCAAGAUCACCAGACCAAGAACCAGAAGCGAUCGAAGGAGGAGACGAAUUCAGACAACAUCUCUCUACCACUCCGACUUUGCGUCAAACUUCCAAUGCUAGACUCAAAAAUCCAGUCGUUUACUCGCGUCGGGGCCGCACCUCGUCCACCACCAAAGGAUCACCUCUCCAACCUGCCUCGUCUAAGAAAGGAUCCAAGUCGGUGCAGGCGCGUCGGCGUGCCGCCUUGCUGGAGUCUCCCAAAUACGGUCAGGUCAUCGCGGAAUGGAAGGCCAAAAAGGGGCGACGCAAAAGUGGACCGGCAAUCGGAUCCGCAUCUACGGGUACCAAGCAUCGAGUUUCGACGGGCAUGUACGCAAGGCGAGAGAUUGGCAAGCAGAGAAAAUCAUUACCCCUGACACCGAGUGCUGUACCCGAUACACCUCCCGUCACUCGCGUCUCUGCACCUGCUUCUGCUUCUGCACCCCCUUCUGCUUCUGCACCUGCUACUGCUUCUGCAUCAACGGAUAUUCAGAGUCGAGCCGCAAAAGUCACGCAAAGCCUACCUCGAGCGCGAGCCUCAUUCCCGUCCCAGGUUGUCCCUGCUGUCCCUGUUGUUGCCGCCGAAACCCCCAUCCAGGUUUUCCCUCCCGAACCAGUCUUCUCUCCUCCACCUCCACACGAACUCGACAAUACGUUUGAGAUCGAAGCCAUUCUUGACGAAGUCUUUCGAAAAACGUCUAGAGGUCUACGAGUGGCGUAUCUUAUCCAUUGGAAAGGGUAUCCCUUAUCUGAUUCAGGUUGGAUAUGGGGAGAUGAAGUGAAAAAGGAUCAACUUUGGGAUUCGCUCUAUGCUUUGUAUUUGGCGCGAAGGUCGGGCGACGCCAAGAGACAGAGAUAUCAGAGAGGUUUCAAGCCGUGAAGUCGGGGGGAUCAAGACGCAACAACACAGAAGGAAAAAUAAACGCCGCACGCACGGGCCACGACUUUUGGGAAGACUACUGUAUGCAGCAUUCUUUGACCUGGAGCCAAGCGGGACCGGAGUGCUUGCUGGCAAAUGUGGACAGAGUUGUAUCAUAUGUAUCUCACGACCGAUUAUAGCUCAAGCAUGUAUAUAAGGGAUACGGAUCU